AUGGCCUCCUCAACUCUCCAUUUCUUCUUCUUAUUAGCCCUUCUCUUGCCGUCCACGCUAACCACCGCCACACGUGACACAUGUGCGACCGCCGCUCCCGACGGCUCCGAAGAUCUCUCAAUCAUCCCCAUCAACGCCAGAUGCUCACCAUUCGCAGCAAAUCCAACCUCCACCUCCGUCAUGGACACCGUCCUCCACAUGGCCUCCGCAGACUCUCACCGCCUCACCUACCUCUCAAGCCUCGUCGCCGACAAACCCAACCGAACCUCCGUCCCCGUCGCCUCCGCCAACCAGCUCCUCCACACCGGCAACUACGUCGUCAGAGCCAGACUCGGCACUCCUCCUCAGCUCAUGUUCAUGGUCCUAGACACCAGCAACGACGCCGUUUGGCUCCCUUGCUCCGGAUGCUCGGGUUGCUCCACCGCCUCUUACUUUAACCCCAACUCCUCAUCCACUUACUCAACCCUCUCUUGCUCCACCUCACAAUGCACGCAAGCACGUGGCCUCACGUGCCCAUCCUCCUCACCCUCACCACCUUCCAUCUGCUCCUUCAACCAAUCCUACGGUGGAGAUUCAUCCUUCUCCGCCUCACUCGUCCAAGACACGCUGACGUUAGCCUCUGACGUCAUCUCAAACUUCACCUUCGGAUGCAUCAACUCAGCCUCAGGAAACUCCCUCCCACCGCAAGGACUAAUGGGCCUAGGACGCGGGCCCACGUCAUUAAUCUCCCAAACGACGUCGCUUUAUGCAGGAGUGUUUUCCUACUGCCUCCCUAGCUUCAGGUCCUUCUACUUCUCCGGGUCGUUGAAGCUGGGUCCCACCGGUCAACCAAGAUCCAUCAGAUACACUCCACUCCUACGCAGCUCCCACCGUCCUUCACUCUACUACGUCAAUCUCACCGGUAUAAGCGUCGGUCCCACACUAGUUCCCGUUGACUUCAAGUACCUGACGUUUGACUCGAGCUCGGGAGCCGGUACGAUAAUCGAUUCCGGUACAGUAAUCACCCGGUUCGUUCAACCGGUUUACGAGGCCGUUAGAGACGAGUUUAGGAAACAGGUGAGAGGGCCGUUCUCGACGCUGGGAGCGUUCGACACGUGUUUCGCCGCGGAUAACGAUAACUUGGCGCCAAAGGUGACGUUGCACAUGACGUCACUCGAUUUGAAGCUGCCCGUGGAGAAUACGCUUAUUCAUAGCAGCGCGGGAACGCUGGCGUGUUUGUCGAUGGCGGGGAUACCGUUGAAUAACGCGAACGCUGUUUUGAACGUGAUCGCGAAUCUGCAGCAGCAGAAUCUGAGGAUUUUGUUUGAUGUUCCUAAUUCUCGUCUUGGUAUUGCUAUGGAGGCAUGCAACUAA